GGGAAAAGGAUUUAAAAAAAAAAAAAAAUUUUGUUAAAAGAGCAGCGCCCAAGAAGAAAAGUUUAUUUACUGGACGUCUCAGCAGUUUUCCAUUCUGGGACCAUGGUUAAGAAAGUUGCAGUGAUUGGUGCUGGCUGCAGUGGAAUAACUGCCACUAAAUGCUGCCUAGAUGAAGGUCUGGAGCCCACUUGCUUUGAAAGGACUGAAGAUAUUGGGGGCCUCUGGAGAUUUAAGGAUGUCCCAGAAGAGGGCAGAGCCAGUAUUUACCAAUCUGUCAUCAUCAAUACGUCCAAGGAAAUGUCGUGUUACAGUGAUUACCCUAUUCCUGAUGACCUCCCGAAUUAUAUGCAUAAUUCCAAAUUGCUACAGUAUUUCCGUCAAUAUGCUGAACAUUUUGAAGUCAUGAAAUAUAUCCAAUUUAAGACUACUGUUUGCAGCGUUAAGAAACGUCCAGAUUUUCUCACCACUGGUCAGUGGGAUGUUGUCACAGAGACUGAAGGAAAGCAGCAGGCACAUGUCUUUGAUGCUAUACUCGUCUGUUCUGGUCAUCACUCAACUGCAAAUCUACCACUUCACACUUUUCCAGGCAUUGACAAGUUCAAAGGCACGUAUUUCCACAGUCGUGACUACAAAACUGCAGAACCUUUCAAGAACAAAAGAGUAGUAGUGGUUGGUAUUGGAAACACGGCAGUGGACCUGGUGGUGGAGCUUAGCGCUGUGGCUAAACAGGUUUUUCUAAGCACCAGGAGAGGAGCAUGGCUAAUACACCGUGUUGCUGAUCAGGGCUAUCCAUUUGAUAUAGUCCUCUUCACUCGUUUCUACAGCAUUAUUCAAGUUGCAUUUCCGAGUCUGGCAAAUGCCUUUUUGGAGCAUAAAGUCAACUCCAGGGUUGACCAUGACAACUUUGGCCUAAAACCACAGCACAGGUUCCUCAGCCAACAUCCUACAAUUAGUGAUGAUCUCCCCAAUCGCAUUAUCGCUGGCAAAGUUCUUAUGAAGACUAAUAUAAAACAGUUUACAGAGACCGAUGUCAUAUUUGAAGAUGGCACAGUUGAGAAAGACAUUGACGUUGUCAUUUUUGCCACAGGAUACCGUGUAUCAUUUCCCUUCUUUGAUGAGUCUAUCCUAAAGGUGGAAAAUAAUGAAAUGUCCUUGUAUAAAAUGGUAUUUCCUCCACAUCUGGAAAAACAUACGCUAGCUUGCAUUGGCUACAUCCAACCUCUUGGUGCUAUAAUGCCUGUUUCUGAGAUACAAACGCGCUGGGCAACAAGAGUCUUUAAAGGUCUGAGUCAGUUACCAUCCAUGCAUGACAUGAAGAUGGAAAUAAACAAGAGAAAAGAAGAAAAUCAGAAAAGGUAUGUCAAAAGUGAUCGUCAUACCAUACAAGUGGAUUAUGUGCCACACAUGGAUGAAAUCGCAGAGGAGAUAGGCUGCAAGCCUAAUAUUUUGAAGUUUUUCCUGACGGAUCCUAAGCUGGCCUGGCAGAUGUUCUUUGGCCCAUGCUCACCUUUCCAGUACCGCCUGUGUGGACCAGGGCAGUGGAGGGGUGCCAGGAAAGCCAUUUUAACUCAUCACGACCGUAUCGUCAAGCCCACAAAGACCCGUGUCCUGAAUAAUGACUCUGCUCACAGUUUCUUCCCUUUUGCUCUGAAGCUCAUUGGCAUACUGAUUCUUUUUGCUGCCAUAUAUUUCUCUGUGUAAACUGGCUAACAAAUACAGAGAGAUGAAACUUUUAGAGCAGAGUAGAUAUAGAGAAAUGCUUUCAUUAAUCAGUGAUAUGUGUUCCCCAUUAUUUGAUAGACUAUUACUUGAAAUUGGAUAAAUGCUAAUGCAAGUCACUGUACUUAAAGUGAGUUGCAAACAAAAACUUUAAGUACUGUCAAAAUACAAUUAACUAUGAAAUAGAAGUUUAUAGAAGGAAUCCACAGUGUCCUUGUUUGCUCAUAAUACAAAUAGGUUGCAACCUAUUGCAACUAGUUAGAUGUUAUCUUUCAUUUUGCAGUCUGGAAAUAUAGCUAGAUUCUGAUUGAUUAGCUGUUAUAGGUCACUGACUCACAGGGGUAUAUUUACUAAGGUGCAGGUUUUUAGAAGUGGAGAUGUUGCCCAUAACAACCAAUCAUAUUCUAGCUAUUAUCUUCUAGAAGGUGCUAAAGAAACAAUAAGUAGAAUCUGGAUGCUAUGGGCACCAUCUCCACUUCUAAAUUCCCACACCUUAGUAUAUACAGUAUAUCCCACAGUGUGUCUUUAUACAUUGCACUAAACUAUGUCAUAAAGAAGCCCAAGGAUGCUUCCUGUAUUAUAAACGAACCAUACGUUAUACAGUAUAUAAUAGUGCUAAGGGGAAUACUCAAUUGCGAGCAGAAAUUUCAUAAAAGGUUUUCCCUAUUUAGCAGCCUGAGAAAAAUUCUCACAGCCCUAGAGCAGGUGCAAAGUCAGGGAAAAUCCCUAUUUUAAAGUUAAAAAUGUCGGGACUAGGUUCAGAAAUUCUUGAACACCCCCCCCCCCCCCCCCCAUAAUGACUAAUUAGGGAAUUGGAAGUUUCAAUGAGCUUAAUUGGGCCAAUAACUAUAUGUCAUCACUGUGGUUAGAAAAUUGUGUCAAAUAACCCCAAAUCACUUUUUAUAAACCUUUCAGUUUUUUCUGUUUGUAUGUAAAUAUUUUUUUUGUUACUAUUUUAAAAUAAAGAACAAAUCAGCCCUACAGUAUGCAGCAUUUUCAAAGCACAAAAUAUGUUUAAUUAGAACAACAAUAGACAUAUAUACCAAUAAGCAAUAUAUAUAUUUUUUUUGGUGGUACAGGCUGAUCUCCAAUUUUUUAUGUGAAAAAUGACAGAUGUGUCCACACUCUAUCCCGCCAAUGGAUCAUGGGUGUGUAUAUGCUGUGAUUGCAAUUAUUCUCACCCAUGCACUGCAAAUUCACUGGAGCGUGGUUCCCAUGUGAUCCUAUAGAUUGUACUGUAGGUAUGUGCGCAGUGCCCGAGAACAUUCUGUUUGUGGGAAAUGACCCACGAUUUUAGUAAUGCUGAGCCUGGGCACAUCUGUAGCUCAACCUGUUUUUUUUCAGUCAGUAGGGAGCAUACCUACAUUAAUGAAAAAAUAGUCACGAUAGCCACUGUCAUUUUUACCACAAACUCACGCACCUAAUUGUAAAUGCUUCUAAGUAUUGUUGUCACUACAUACAGCUUGAGUUUUUUUAAUAAUUAUUCAGUAGACUGAGGAGGCAAGUUGAGUGGGUAUUGGUAGAGGAAGAGUUGGUGCGAUGACCUUGUCUUCUGUAGCAGUAAAGAUAGAAGGGAGGGUGGAGGAGACACACAAAUACUGAUCAGCAGUGGCGGCUGCUGCCCCUGGGCUACAGUGCCAUCCAAAGGCUGCAGGGGGAGCUGGCCAGGACAUAUGAACAUACAUGUGAAGUUGUAAGUAAUAUAUGUCCUGUCUUCCUUCAUCGGGAAUCAGCAGUAACCACAGCAUGGAACACACUGCUCAGCCUGUCAAUCAUCAUUUAGCCCGCCCCCAGACUCCCAUUGGCUGAUUUCACAGGAGGCUGAGUGCGUGCUACAUGACGGUUGACAGGCUGAGCAGUGUUUUCCAUGAUGCGGCGGCUGCUGAUUCCCGGGGAGGAGCCAGGACAUAUGUUACAUACAACUUCACAUGUAUGUUUAUAUGUCCUGUCCAACUCUCCCCCUGCACACUUUGGAUGGCACUGUAGUCCUGGAGCUGCAGCUGCUUGUUGGACAUGAAACACACGGGUUUCACAGUAACAGAUACCGGUGUGUUAAUGUAAAUCUCUUCCCACAUUUUACAUUUUCCUUUCACAGCAGCACAACAUGGUUUAUUCACGUUAUAAAAUGCCGCCAACAGUCUGGAUUUAUUCCCAACUUUAAAUUUUGCUCUUUAUAUGGUAAUUGUCUACAGUAGUAGUUACACUCCACUCUGCCUGGACAACUCUAGAAUAUUAGACAGCACACACCUUUCUCUCAACUUUAUAAGGACACCUGAACAUUUGUGAGACCUCACAUUAUUGCAGUCACAUUUUGUGCCUGGCUGUCACAUUCCAUCACAUUAUAUUUUUGGAAGCACAUUUCUUCCCCUGAGUGUUGCACAAUUAUCCACUUUAAAUCAUUUCACAGUCGUGUUAAACUAAAUUCUGCAUUGUUCUGCUUUAAGGUUGCUGAUGACUGGUUAACUUCUUAUAUAUAGUGGUUUCUGAUUAUAUAAUAAGGUAUAUUGUACUAACAGAUGCUUAAAACAAAGUGUACAACAUGUGUGCUUUGUUUAAAGGUAAUUUCAAUGCUAAUAAAGUAUACUGUACUACUGCUUUACCUGAGAUUAUAGAUGCUCUUUACCUGAAUAAAACAUAUUGUGGCAAAGUA